AUGCGUGCACAACAGAGCCAGUGUGCAUGCUGUCAUGCAUCUAAGGGCGCAGUGCUGCACGCGUUGUCCACCCUCUCGCGCGCGCUCAACCCCUCUGCGGGCGGCUGUCAGGGCGGGUGGGGGGAGCAGGAAGGCGCAGGGAGGGACAAAAGUGCAGGCGUAGCAGCAGCGGGUGGAUCAGGGCCAGGGGAAGCAAUAGUGGUGGCGGGGCGGAACGAGGGAUCGCCCGCUGCUGUGGGCGCGCUUGGGGUGGUGCUAGGGGCGGUGGAGAGGGGGGGGGAAGGGAGGAGAGGGGGAGGAGGGCGGUGCAGAGGGCGGUGUGUGACGCGCUCUCAUGCACUGAGGCGCUGCUCUCGCAUGACCAUGCUCACACCAUGCUCACACCAUGCGCACACCAUGCUCACAACGAACUCCCAUGCAGCACACCUACCUGCUGUAUCUGUCUCAACUCACUCGUUCUGCACUCUUCUCCUUCUCAAUGCCUACCCGUUCACUCCUCUGCUUCUCCAUGAUCUCACCCCUCCCUCGCCUCCCCUCACGGCAGUACCCGGGGCACGGGACCACUUGUUCCGCCUCGCAGGUCCGCCCCUCCUCGCCGCUGCCCUCCCGGUCGCGCCCUUCACCUCCGGCAGCCUCACGCGGCUGGCAGCAGCAGCCACCGCAGUGCGGGCAGCCAGUGAGGGGAACGAGGGCGUGAAGGAGGCGCUCAUGGACGUCGCGCUGCACGGCAACCUCCUCCACGCCAUCAGCGCCAUCGUGCACUCCAAACAAAGUGCUGACCGGGACAGCAGCGUCGCUGACGUGGCAGAAGCAGAGAGCGCCAUAUGUGCGUGCUGUGGGGCGGUGAGGGCGCUGGUGACGAAUGACAACGUGCGCGUGGCGGCGUCCAAGACCUUCUCCAACGCGCGCGCCAUGGCCGACGCGGGUGCCGUGGACGUGCUGCUGGGCGCCGCUGCUGCCUUCUCCUCCGACAUGGCCGUGCUGCCCGCCGUGCUGGGCGCACUCAAGGCCAUCGCCGUCAACGUGCGUGCCGUGCCCCUCACUCACUCACUUGUGCCACCCACUAUUCUUGCUCGCGAGGACAUCUGUCGCAGCAUCGCCCCUCUCGGUGGGGUGCCCCUCGUGCUCGCCCACCUGCGGGCUGCCCUCGCCUCCCACUGCUCGCUCCUCGCUGCCCCCUCCGCCGCACUGCUGGCGCAGCUGGGUGCUGGCGCAGGUGGGUGCUGGCGCAGGAGGUGCUAUGGCAGUUGCUAG